ACUCUAUGCAUGCUGAAUCCCUCGGUCUCUCUUCUUCCUUUUCUCUUCUCAUGGCAUUCUCUCCUGCUUCGCUUCUUCUCCGCCGCUCCUCAGUCGCCGCCUCCUUAUCUCAUCUGACCUCUCUCUAUGUUACCCCUUUCUUCGCCUUCGCCCGUUCCCUCUCUGCAGCUUCACUCCCGCACUCGUCUGACUCCUCUGCCCACCUUGGCCCCCCCAUACCCUCCCUCUCUGACCGCCUGGCUUUCAUUCUCGACCAGAUCGACGCCGUAGGUCGUGAUCGAGGAGAUGAGGAUUCUGCUCUCCAGCGCAUCCGCGAGUGGCACCAGACGAAGGCCCCGAUCCCGGCCCCUUCCCCGCCCCCGUCGCCCCCACCCGAUGACGAUGGGAUUUCCUUGAUCCCAGCGCCUCGCGAGGCGAACCAAGACGAGAUAUUUUGCGUGCCAACUGAUACGAGCACGAACAUGAGUACGGGAGAUGUUCUUCGUAGGCAAGAGGUGGAGCUCGUGCACCCCUGGCCUGAGUGGAUUGAGCUGAUGGAGAGAUUGCUGCAGCAAAAUUACUUCAACUUUCGUAGGACAGACGAGGAACUUGUGGUAGCAAAUUCAUCCAUCGACCCACCUUCCAUAAAGGAAGAAAUGGAGUUUGAUUUCUUAAUGGAUUGGACCACUGUGAGGGAUUCUUGUAUCAAUUUUGGGCGUGACCGUUUUGAUAUUUUGAGGUCAUUGUCGAGGAAGGAUAUACAAGUUCUGGUGGGUCAUGGAUGCCCAAGCUUGGACUCAAAAGUUGUCUUCUCAGCUAAGUUGUUAAGAAAGCUCGUUCACCUUGAUGAAGGAGAUGUAUGUAGUUCAUGCAACUUAAGGAAUUCAUGUGGCAAAGGAUAUAUCUUAACACGCAAGGAGGAUGAGGCAUGCACUCUUGACGUUAUGCGUAUCUUACUAACAUUUGGUUUUGAUCAUGUAAAACAAACAGUUGAAAAUAAGCCUCUCAUGGAAAUGAAAUCUGUAAAAAUUGUAGCUCGCAAGUUGCUACACGAGAUUGUUAAGUUGAGUGCAAUUCCAAUAGAUCCCAAUCUUACACCUCCUGAAAUCAAGAAGCCUCCUCCUAAAGUAAAGCAACCCCCUCCACCACCGAAAAAACGAGUGGGGCGAUCUGAUGUAGAAAUGAAGAAAGGAGAUUGGCUCUGUACCGAGUGUAGCUUUAUGAAUUUUUCAAAAAAUACUGUUUGCUUGCAAUGUGAUGCUAAACGGCCCAAGCGGCAACUCCUCCCUGGAGAAUGGGAAUGUCCUCAGUGCAAUUUCUUGAACUAUAGGCGAAACAUGACAUGCUUUCAUUGUGAACACAAUCGCCCCCCUCAUGAAUAUACAGAAAGUCAAGUGCAUACAAGAGAGACGAGAGGAUAUGGUCCAAGAACAAGAAAGGAUUCAGCUUCAAAUCUUGACUUUGAUGACAAUGAAUCUGAUGGAGCUGAUGUUGCGGAGUUUGAGUUACCAAAUCCUUGUGAGAAUGAUCAAGGUUCUUUGGACAAUCAGCCUUAUAGGAGAACUGAUGUAGAAUCAAAAGAUGAUAUGGUACAUAAUGGUAGGGUUUCAAGAACCAUAGAACGAGAUCACUACUUUAAGGAAGACAAUCAAAGGAUAUCUACCUUGCGUUCUCAUGGAACAGGAUUUGAUGAUUUUGAUGAUGAAGAGGAUGAUGAUGUAGACAGUUUUGAGCUUGAGAAGACACAAGCAAGUGAAGUUUCUUGGGUAGAUUUUUCUGAGUUGGAAAACACAUCUGAAGGUCCUGAAAAAUUUGAUCAAUAUAUAAACUCAAAAAACCAAGCUGCAAAAGAUACUAUUUCUGACACUGAGGAUGAAGAUAUUGCUGAACAUUCUUAUCGGAGAUCUAGUUAUUUUACAGAUUCUGGACGUCUAGGUGGUGGCAGAGGUCACCGACAAUGUUCUAGAGAGAUGACAUUUGUUUCAGACGAUGGCUUUGAUUCUGAUUCUAAUGAAAUGGAUGAGAGCUUAAGGUCAAGACAUGGGAAAGGCCAGCAAGGAAGGGCCCGCGAACAAAAUUUUUCCAAUUCUGGUGACAGAUACCGUUUUGGUAUGGAGUCUGAUGACAACGACUUAUCCAGAGGUAGUAAAAGAGGAAAAGCCUCUUCUAGAGGUUCACAAAGAGAAUUUGGUGUUAAUGAUAGAACAGGCAGGAGGAGUUCUUAUGGCCGUGGCAAUCAUGGUUCUAGAGGAUCACACAUGCAUCAAAGUGGAACUGGAGCCAGCUACAGAAGUUUCAGAGACGAUAAUGAAUUUCGACGAUUUGAUAGGCAAAAUAACAAGGAAGGAUUUGGUGCAUCAGAUCAAAGGAGGAACCAGUUUACGAACGGAACAAGAGGUUUACGAAGAAAUGGUAGAGGUUGGGAUCGGGAAUAACACAUUCUAAUUAGUUUAAUUGGAGCAGAACUAAUGAUGCGAAUGUCAAAUGCUUGUACCUCACGUCUAAUGCUGGUGACGCUUAAUGCCUCAGCAGUGCAACUCCGAAACCUCCAUGGAAAUAUGCUGCCAUCUUUUUUGAUUAGCUGGAUUCUUAACUUACUAAAUGGCGAAUGCUUAGUUUCUAUAGUUGAAGCAAGAAGUCAAGAGCUUCUAGUUUCCAGCAUACUGAGAUGUUUCUUCCGUUCAAGCUAAAUUGUUAGAGGAUAAAAUAUUCUUACUUCUGUCUAUAUGCUUGUGGUGACAUGAAGCUGGAUAAUUCUUUGCUUUUGUAUCGGCCAAAGUUUCAUUUACCCCAUUGUUUUUUUUUUAAAAUUUUGUUAAAAUCUGUGUAUUCAGAUGAUAUAUAUACUUCUAUAAUGAAAUUCUUGAGUCGCA